UUUUAAUUUUCCACGUCUUAUAGAGCACUCGCAUAUAAACUAUAAAUUCACACGACCAUCAAUUAUCGCUGUUUACUCUCUACUGACAAUAAGAAAUGGCAAGCAACGAUUCGAAGCACAGAGAGGAGGAAGAGACAGCGGCAGGAGCGGAGGAUGAGGACACAGGAGCACAAGUCGCCCCCAUUGUCAAGCUCGAAGAGAUUUACGUCACUACUGGCGAAGAAGAAGAACAGCCCAUCCUCGAUCUAAAGGCGAAGCUCUAUCGUUUUGACAAAGACGGAAACCAGUGGAAAGAGAGAGGCGCUGGUACUGUCAAGUUCCUCAAGCAUAAGGAAACUGGGAAAGUUCGCCUUGUUAUGCGCCAAUCUAAAACCCUCAAGAUCUGCGCAAAUCAUCUCGUUCUGUCGACAAUGACUGUCCAGGAGCAUGCAGGGAAUGACAAGUCCUGUGUGUGGCACGCAUCGGAUUUUGCAGAUGGUGAACUCAAGGAUGAAAUGUUUUGUAUUAGAUUUCCAUCUGUAGAGAACUGCAAAACCUUCAUGGAAAUGUUUCAAGAGGUUGCUGAAUCCCAAAAGAAAGAGGAAAAUAAAGAUGCUUCUGCAACGGCUGGGCUGCUAGAGAAGUUAAGCGUUGAAGAUAAUAAAACCGAAGUGGAAGAUAAAGAAAAAGCCAAAGCGAAAACCGAGGAGGCCCCCGCGGCUGGCAAGGAGAAGGUAUCUGAAAGUGCCGAGAAGGAUGAAGGGCCUCUUCCAUCUACAUGAAGAAUGAGCCUGUACAGUUUGACGAAUAGAAGUGUCGCAGCAACUUGGUUGCCACCCACUUCUUGCUAUUCUGAUUUUGGGGUGGUAAAUGGUAAUGCCUCGUAUAUGUGUAUGCUUGGUCAAACUUCAAGUCCAAUUUCCGGUCACAAGUUUAAUUUUUGGUUGAAAACAGUAUUAUGGGUUGAUAUAACAAGUUGCUUGUGGAGUUAUGCUUAUGGUAGCAUCUUGGACCAAGAUAUUUUGGAGGGCUUGUUGGAAUGUUAUUAUGUGUUUUUUCCAUCUGGUGUAACUGAAGAAGUGAAUCUGAUGCUAUUUCAUGUAUUCAACUGCGUUUGGGAUGGGUGUGAUUUGGAAAUAA